UAGAAAAAGUUGAGUAAAUCAGAAAGAGAUGGGAAGUUUGGAAGAGGCGAAGAUCUUUGAGAUGGAUCCAUACGAUUUUAUUGAUGAAUCAGAAUCACAGCACCCGUCCACUUUAUCAUCCAAGUCCAAUUCCAUCAUUUUGCAGGAGAUACUGGAGAGUAAUACAAAGGCUGAGGCUGAGGUUCUUGAGACUGUGAUGAAGCAUAUACCCCACAGGAUGAAGAGUAGUAGAAGUGUGAAGAAGAAAUGGCUUGUGAUGAGGCUAAGAAAGGAUGGCUAUUGCGCUUCUCUACGCCAAACCUCUUGGCCCACCGCCUGGGCAUGUCCCGACGGUGGCUACCAAUACAUUGAUGUUGCGGUAGAAGAACACAGCAAUAAUAAUAAUAAUAAUGGGGCUUGGGCGGCGGCGAGCUGCAGGGUAAUAGUGGACGUGGAUUUCAGGUCGCAGUUUGAAGUGGCGAGGCCUGCAGCAGCCUACAAGGAGCUCACGGCCGCGCUGCCGGCGGUGUUCGUGGGAGGCGAAGAGAAGCUGAGCCGCGUAAUCACCCUGGUAUGCGCGGCGGCGGAGCAGUCGCUUAGAGAGGGCGGGCUCCACGUACCGCCGUGGAGAACACCGGCUUAUAUGCACUCAAAAUAUAGUAAGGUUCGAGCUGAUCUUAAAACUAAUGAUAAUGGCCCCAAGUUGUUUAGCAAGUACUGGGCACCUCCUCCAUUGGUGCGGGAGGCCAAGAGCAGAGGUUUUGGCGGCGGCUCCGGCUUGUCCACUCAAUUUUCAAAUGUCACCACCAAAUGCUGCUGAAACUUUAUAUAUUUGAAUAUGAUCAUGGAGUUUGUUGCUGUUUUUCUCAAUUUUGUUUUGUUUGGUUUGCUUAGUUCCUUCUGGAAAUAAGUGUAAUGAGUUGUUGGCGAUGCAAUAAUUUAUGGAGUAUUAAU